CCCAAGUGCAGCGUGUCUGUGUGAGCGUGUGCGCGCGUGUGUGUGGACAAAAGAAUGUCGUGGAAGAGCAGACGUGGGGUGGGGUGCAUUCUUUUGGAGACUGGAUCCCGGUUGCCAUCUUUGAAGUGGAUGCUGGGUGAAGAAAAUUGUGACUCUCCAGGGGUCCUUUAAAGAGAACUCGUGUGCAGGUGUGGGAAGGACGGACAGUGGGGGUCUUGUCACACGUCAGGCUCCUCUCGCGCACGCGCACAACUUUGCGUUCACGCCUCGAGACACACACAAUCGGACGGGGCAGUCGGGACUAAACCAACCACCCGUGCGAUCAAGUGGACAGUUCAGCGGCGGGCAAGAAAGCACUGGAGUGAUCACUCACAGUCGACUGUGAGCGGUACUGCGGCACGGCGUGUUUUAUUGGGGGGGGGGGGGGGGGGGGGGGGCUUCUUUUUGUUGCUCGGGGAGUCACCGUCUCGUCUCAGGACCGGGAUGCGUUAACCAUGACGAGCACGCGAAAAACGGCCACGCUGCAUAUGCGAAGGUCCAUCAGCGAGCAGUUGAGGGAGUCCACGGGCAAAGCGUGGAAUCUGCUGUGGAGGAAUGUGCGCGAGAGGCGCCUGGCAGGAAUCAUCCCGAUCAGACUGCCCGUUUCUUGGGAGUCGGCUAUGGAGGAAGAGGAGGCGGAGAGCGAGCGCGGGACCUCCGCGGAGACGGCGGUGGGGGGCCCCGAGAGCGACAGUGCCAACGAAGGGAUGUGCCUGGAGGCCAUGACGCCCGACGGUCAGGAUCACUAUCUGCGGCUGGGUCGGACUCCCCGACUUCGCUCGGCCCUCCGCCUCUCGCGCAUCAUUGCCCGAAAGCAACUGCUUCGGAGGCUGGAGCAAGAGCUGGAGGCCAAGGAGGCGUGCGAUUGGCUGAGAGCUGCCGGAUUCCCUCAGUAUGCGCAGCUGUACGAAGAUGCUCAGUUUCCCAUCAAUAUUUCCGCGGUGAAAAGGGACCACGACUUUUUGGAUGGAGACCUGGUGGAGCCUCUGUCCCGUCGCCUCAACACACUGAACAAGUCCGCCUCCAUGAAACUGGACAUCAGCCACCCCAGAAAGAAAGGGGAAGACGCUGACGAAGAUGAGCCGACAGCCAUCAGCAAACGUUGGACGUUUGAGUGGAGCAGUCACCGCUGGUCCCGCCUGGAGGACAUCCUGUCAGACGGCGUGGCGAGCAGCGAGAGCACUCUGAGCGAGCUGAGCGAACAGGAGCUGGCGGCGGACACCAUGUCGGUGGCGUCCCUGUCGGUGGUGUCCCUGUCAGCCUCCUACCAGCUGCCACCCAGUGACCUCCCGUACUACAACUCGCUGCCCAUCAAAGGGUGCCGCCGCGGACAGACAGGGCGCAGCAAAGCCAAGGAGUUCCUGCGGCGGAUGGAGCUGAUGCGCACCUGGGGGCCGUCCACCAUGCGCAAAAGCUCCAAGAGCAGACCCCCUAUGGUCAUUAGCGGGCCCAUGCUGCAAGGGGAGGAACCGCUGGCCCUGCGGGUCCUGCAAUGCACCCCCAUCAGCCAGUUAGAGCAAAACCUGGCUGGGGAAGACGGACAAACCUUGGUCAGCCACCGCGGCGGCGACCUUGACGCCAAUCUUUCCGGGAUGAACGUGAGCCCCGUUGGUGAGCCCCCGAGAGCCCGGACUGCCAGCAAACGAAGCGGUGAGUCCCCGGAGCUCUCGCUCCAGGGCGAGGGGCUUGACAGGCAGAGGGCCCACUUCCGCUCACACCAAAACCUCCUCAUCCACGUCCCCAAAGACCAUAAGCCGGGCACUUUCCCCAAAGCGCUGUCCGUUGAGAGCCUCACGCUUGGGAGAAGCUCCGCCAACCCGGCCGCUUCUCCGUCGACCAAAAGCAUGAACCUGGACGACAUCUGGUCAGGCUGUCCGCCAUCCAAGCCCCCCUGCCCGAAAGCGCAGAGGGGUAGCAGAGCCAGCGUGUAUGACAACGUCCCCGGGUCCCACCUCUACGCCAGCACGGGAGACCUCCUGGACCUGGAGAAAGAGGACAACCUGUUCCCCCACUUGGAUGACAUCAUCCAGCAUGUCUGUGGCCUGCAGCAGAUUGUGGACCACUGGAGCCGCAGUGUGCUCGCCGACAGUGAGAACAGCGAAGACGGCGAGGGCAGGACCACACCCAUCUCGCUAAACGAUAGCCAUUCCAGCGGGACCGCUCGAGACAGAAGGGAUUCCGGCGUCGGGGCCUCCUUGACAAGACCUCAGGUGCGCCAGCCCACUAUCCAUCGCAAGCAACUGUCUUGGUCGCCGCACAUCAGCAGCCAGUCGGCCGCUCAGCUCAGCCUGCUGCGCAGGUUCUCCUUGCUGCGUCUCACCGCCAUCAUGGAGAAGUACUACGUGUCCAACAAGCAAGGCUGGACCUGGUCUGUGCCCAAAUUCAUGAAGCGUAUGAAGUCUCCGGACCCCAAAGACAAGAGCGUGUUUGGGGUCCCACUUAUGGUGCACGUCCGCCGGUGCGGCUUCCCACUGCCCCUUUGCCUUCAGCAGGCCCUGGCACACCUCAGGAGGUGCGGUCUGGAACAGGUGGGCCUGUUCCGCAAGUCCGGCGUGAAGUCUCGCAUCCAAGUGCUGCGUCAGCAGUGCGACGCCUCGCCCGACGCCGUCAACUUUGAGGAGCAGUCGGCUUACGACGUGGCCGACAUGCUCAAGCAGUUCUUCCGGGACCUUCCGGAACCGCUGCUGAGCAACAAGCUGGGCCAAACCUUCCUGCACAUCUACCAGUACGUGCCUGAGAAGCAGCGUCUGCAGGCGCUGCGAGCGGCCAUCUUGCUGAUGGCGGACGAGAACCGGCAGGCGCUACAGACGCUGCUCUGCUUUUUGUGCGACGUGGCGGCUCGGGUGGACCAAAACCAGAUGACUGCUGCCAAUCUCGCUGUCUGCCUGGCGCCGUCCCUCUUCCACCUCAGCCUGACCAGGAGCGGCGCGCUCUCACCCAGGUCCAUCCAGCGAAAGUACGCCAGUGGCCGACCCGAUCAGAAAGACUUGGACGAGAACAUGGCCGCCACUCAAGGCCUGGCUCACAUGAUCACCGAGUGUCAGCGCCUUUUUCAGAUCCCGGACGAGAUGGUAAGCCGGUCCUACGCGGAAGCCGUGCUUGCGGCGCCACCGCUGGACGAGCUGGGUGGGGUGCGUUGGGAGGACAGGGAUGAAGACGAGGGGGACGAUGAGGAUGAGCCAGACGAUGGAUCCUACCAUGCGCACAUGCGCAAGCUGAUCCGCAACCUUGUCAAAGAGAGCCGAGACAAGAGUAAAGCCUGGACAUGUCGACCGGCGGGAGAACAUGUGGAACUGUCCUGCAAAAAGGUGACUGAUGGUACCCCUCUUCGGCGUUGGCGCGUCAGCACGGAGGUGGAGGCCGCACCCGCUGAGGUUCUUCACCGGCUGCUGCGAGAGCGGCCCCUCUGGCAGAUAACGCUUGAGCAGGAAGAAGUCUUGGAAGCGCUGGACAAGCAAACGGACGUGUACCAGUACUCCUGUGUCAACAUGCCGUCACAGCCCCUCUCGGACUUUGUGCUGCUCAGGUCAUGGCGUUCAGACCCCGUGAAAGGUUGCUGUGCGUUGGUGUGUGUGUCGGUGGAUCGCGACCAUGUCCCGCGUGUGCCGACAGUACGGGCUGUGGUCCUGGAGUCCCAUUACCUGCUGGAGCCCUGCGGUGUGCCGACCAGAACCAGACUGACACACUUGUCCAGGGGGGCGCGCUCCGGAAUGGUACAACAAGGCGUACGGCCACCUGUGCUCCAACGAGGCGCAGAGGAUCCGAGCCUCGUUCCUCGGUGCAGUAGAACCCGGCCGGUAAGAACUGCACGGCACAAGAACACGUCUGCGUACCGUCGCCGUCGGUAGACCUUUUAUUGUUCAUCCUCGCUCAUGCUGUUUUAAUGUCAUUCGUGAAUGGGACAUUCUGGACUUACCGAAAAGGUAAAAAAAAAAGCGAAGAGGUCCACUUUUCAUUGUCAUGUCUUGUGGGUGUGUGUUUGAGGGUAUAUGUCUGUGCCUGACUGAGUGCGUCUGUGUGAGCAUGUGUGAAAGUGCGAGAGGGUGUGCCUGCGAGAGAAAUUGUGUGUGCAAGUGAGAGAGAUCACUAAGAACAGUGCGUGUGUGGAAUGUGUCAGUAUGAUACAUAGUAAAUGUGUGUGAGAGUGAGGGCACUUAUGUGAAAGUGCGUGUAAGAGUGAAAAUUUGCAUGCGUGUGUUUGUGUUGCGAAUAAUAGCUUGUAAGUGUGUUGCUAUCAUAUUGAUAUGCUAACAAUAAGAAACAAAUGAAUGCUUUGUCGCUAGUGCUUCUAAGGCGGAGCCUGCAUCGCUAUGGCAACGCUGUGAUAUGAUCCGUUGCCACAGAAUUCCUAAUUUUAAAUAAAAUGAUACAAAACAACAA